AUUAUUCGUUAUUCGUUCCAGCUGGAAAAUGUUGCGUUCGUUGAUAUUCUUAGCUAUCCUGUGCUCUGCAGUAUAUGCCUCGAAAAAGCCUUGCUGUGUGCCUGGCCAAUGGUCUGGUAUGAUAUUGCAAGGAGGCUUUGAUUCUAUGGGAAAGGGUAAAGCUCAAAAAAAUAUUACUUUCGCUGCUAAAUUACAUGUCUACCUCGAUGCCAAAAUGGGCAAAUACAGGGUUGACGAGAGCAUCACCACUUCCAAAAGCAAUAUCACCGUCAUUUCCGACUAUAAGGCUGGUCUUCAAUACCUUGUGAUUGGUAAGAAGUGUACUACUAGCAAGUUGAUGGGAAAAUUCCCCAAUCUGUGUAUUCCGAAGACUGCAAAUUUCCUUGGAAGUGGAGUACUUGGCUUAAAAUUAAAUUAUGAUUUAUUCAGCUUUUCGUCUACUGAUCGAAAAACUGCUGGUAUUGUGGCUGUAACCGACAAAGGCUGUCUACCUGUUUUUGAAUCGAUAACCUUGCCUGUUGCUGGUAAGACACCACAGCAAGUAGCUGUUUCUCAGAUCUUUAGCAACAUCAAGCCUGGAAUUAAAGAUGAUUCAAUAUUUAAAAAGCCUUCAAACUGCCCUUCUCAACCUGAAAAGGUCAUUCAAGGCUUGGAUCCUCUAACUUAUCUUCAUGAGAGAUUGGUACAGCGUGCACUAAAGCAGCUCGGUCAAUAGAGCAUGGGAACAUUUGCCUUUUUUGAUAGUAUUGAUUAUAGUUUAGUCAUUGCACUCUAUCCAUCACUUAAAAUCGAAAAUAAAAAUACGUCUUGAAAGUAUUCAAUCAGUAAAAAUCCACAUUUACAAGGUUGUUUUGUCAUCUCUACUAACGGUAAAUAACAGGUUAUCAAUGCUUCCUUUGAUCACCAUACGCUUAGUAGAUGUCGACGAUAGGAUAUCUAAUGUUAUAGUCUAGCGGUAAUCUCUUACCGACUCUGUUUUUUGCAUACUUAAUCGUAGCCAUAGAGUAGCUACUCCAGGAUGUCCUGUUGCUAACACUAAAUAAAAUAAAGC